AUGGACGCAUCUCGACUCGUAGCGCUAUAUCUGGGCCUACUCCUCGUUUUCCUUGGGAAUAUACCGUGUUUCCAGUCUGCUGCUAUCAUCUCUCCCUCUCCGCCGCGGAGGAACAGGGGAGCCAGGAUCUCUCAUCAGGACGGACAAAGGUCAUCCAAAUUCCUUAAAGACAUUUUCGCGUCUUCGCAUCCUGUCGUGGGCCAUCACAAAGAAGACCCAAAGGACGCUAUUGUGCCGCAUGAGUACAUGCUCUCCAUAUACAGGACAUACUCGGCUGCAGAGAAGCUCGGACUAAACGCAAGCUUUUUCCGCUCCUCUAAAUCUGCCAACACCAUAACAAGUUUUGUGGACAGAGGAACAGACGAUCUUUUGCACUCUCCUCUGCGAAGACAAAAGUAUCUGUUUGAUGUCUCAACCCUUUCAGACAAAGAGGAGCUGGUCGGGGCGGAAUUAAGGAUAUUUAGGAGAGCGCCCGGAGAUUUGCAGACUUCCCAGCAGACGACGAAUCUGUACGACAUCCAGGUCUACCCCUGCCGCUCGGACAGACUGCUGGACUCCAAGUCUGUGGACCCGCAGGACUCCACCAAGGCCGGCUGGGAGGUUUUGGACGUCUGGGAAAUGUUUAAAGCACACCAGUACCAUUACCAUCAGCCCCAUCAUCCUCAAUCCCAGCAGGGCAACCAGCAGCUCUGCUUCCAGCUCCGCGUCACUCUCAGCAAGACAGACACCGAGGUGGACCUGAGGCAGCUGGGGCUGGACAGGAGCGGCCGGUCCCAGCGGGAGAAGGCCAUCCUGGUGGCCUACACCCGCUCCAAGAAGAGGGAGAACCUGUUCAACGAGAUGAAGGAGAAGAUCAAGUCGCGGAGGUCGGUCGGCGAGAGGGAGGAGGCGGCGACGGACGAGGGGGUGUCGUUGAGGGGGGUUAAAGGAGAGGGGCCCCGGCGGCGGCGGAGGACCGCGCUGAGCAACCGCCACGGGAAGAGGCACGGCAAGAAGUCCAAAUCCAGGUGCAGCAAAAAGGCGCUGCAUGUGAAUUUUAAAGAGCUGGGCUGGGACGACUGGAUCAUCGCGCCCCUGGAUUACGAGGCGUACCACUGCGAGGGGGUGUGCGACUUCCCCCUGAGGUCGCACCUCGAGCCGACCAACCACGCCAUCAUACAGACGCUCAUGAACUCCAUGGACCCCAACAGCACCCCGCCCAGCUGCUGCGUCCCCACCAAACUCAGCCCCAUCAGCAUCCUGUACAUAGACUCAGGCAAUAACGUGGUGUACAAACAGUACGAGGACAUGGUGGUGGAGCAGUGCGGGUGCAGGUAGCGACCCUUGUUCGUAUAUACAAAAGCAAACAAACAAAAAACUUCAAAGGACAGUAAAAUCAAAGAUAAGUCUUGCCGGGUCCCAGGUUGAAGAUAUAAAGUCCUCACAGGUCUGAAAUGCUUCGACGCAUGACGCGCCUUGUCUUUUUCAAAAGGGAUGCACACACAGGCGAAAUCCGCUAUUUAUUCAGACUCAGCACAGUCUCAAGAAUACUCACUCUCUGCCUUUAUGUGUUACGCCUUCAUUCCCAUCCGUGCAACAAGUCACCACUCAUCAAACAGGCUUUUGUUUCCCAGAGAGUGAGACGUGUCCAUAUGGCACAAGGAAUGGGCACAGGGCGUGAUGGGAGCCUAUUGAGUCCGGCUGUGCACCUGUUCGUGCCGAGGCCAGAGGACAGUGGGCUUUGCCUGUCAGCGCUUUGUUGCAGCUCUGC